CCCAUAUAAAAACCCAUCUCCCCUCAUCUGUUCAACUAGGAGAAAAAGAAACCACGUCGAUUGAUUUAUUCCCCAAAUCACUCGUUUCCUCCCGCAUCUCACCCAUGGCCACAACCGCCACCACCAUCGCCCCCCAAACCUUCCUCUCUCUCUCCUCCCCCAAACCCAAAAGACCCACCAAGCUUUCCUUCAAACCCACCCACCAGAUUCUCUCAAGACCCAACCAUAGAGCCCGGCUCGUCCUGGUCGGAUCCGUACCCAAAGAGCUCGACGUCAUCCCAGUACAGAGCAGUGACGCUACAGACCAACAAGACGGCGUCGUUUUAGGAACGGAGAGGGAAGUUGAGGGUGGAGAGAGAGUAGUGAGUCAGGUGGUCGGUGGGUUCUCUGGUGAAGGGAGGUUGUCGUUUGAAGGGGCUGGGGGAUUUUCUUCGGCUGGUUCUUCUUUGGGUGGAGGAGAGAGUGAAGGGGAGGAUUUGGGGAAGUGGGUUGAUAGAGGGAUUAAUGCCGCGAUUGUUUUGGCUACGGGGAGUUUUGCCAUCUCAAAGUUGCUUACCAUUGACCAGGAUUAUUGGCAUGGAUGGACCCUGUAUGAGAUUGUGAGAUAUGCACCUCAACACAACUGGAGUGCUUAUGAGGAAGCCCUGAAAACAAACCCAGUUUUAGCGAAAAUGAUGAUAAGUGGAGUGGUUUACUCUUUAGGGGAUUGGAUUGCUCAGUGCUGUGAGGGAAAACCACUUUUUGAAUUUGACCGGACACGAAUGUUCAGAUCAGGCGUUGUGGGCUUUACAUUGCACGGAUCCCUGUCACAUUAUUAUUACCAGUUUUGUGAGGAACUGAUUCCUUAUCACGAUUGGUGGGUCGUUAUUGCUAAAGUAGUCUUUGAUCAAACAGCAUGGGCUGCUCUUUGGAACAGCAUCUACUUUAUUGUCUUGGGAUUCUUGCGCCUUGAAUCUCCAGUUAGUAUCUUUAAUGAAUGGAAGGCAACAUUCUGGCCUAUGUUGACUGCUGGGUGGAAGCUCUGGCCAUUUGCUCAUCUUAUUACCUAUGGUGUGAUCCCUGUGGAACAGAGGCUUCUUUGGGUUGACUGCGUAGAGCUCAUUUGGGUGACAAUCCUUUCGACAUACUCAAAUGAGAAGUCAGAAGCAAGAAUAUCAGAAGCAGAAGCCGAUUCCAGUUCCCCUUCCAUAGGGCCUCCCGAGGUAGAGAAAUGAAUUAUGGACAUGAAUACAUGUAAAUAGUGGGUGCCGCAUUGCAUGAUUCUGAUCCACUUUUUUCCCAUCAAUACUUAAUCCGACUAGGUGUGAAUCAGUAGCGCGAAGAAGAAAAGAGUCGGUCAGUUUAUUCCUGAUGCUGCUGAAAGAUGAAAUCCUUGUACUUGACGGACCUUGGCCUAAGACGUGCGUAGGCAAUGGGGUGAUGGCUGGAGAUUCUGGUUGUAGUUUAUACUACACACAUCCUCAGGGAAUUCGCACGUGUAUCGUAUCGUAUGUAAAUCCACUUGUACAAACUGCUCUAUUCUUUGGAGGUCAAAUGUAACUAACUUGUCUUUAUUUC